AUGUCGCUCUUGACCGAGAAAAAUACCGGACUUCAUCCUGAGCAUGUUGACACAAAGUCUCGAGAAUCCCCGGCUGCCGUGCAGCACAAGGCAGCUGCCCAGUUCAGAGACCUCUGGAAAUUUAAGAGAAGCGUGCUGACCGCUCUUGGAUGCUCUACCGCCCCCAUCAUCAUUGGCUACGACCUCACAUUGAUGGGCUCCAUCAUAGCCAACCGAGAAUUCGUCAAGAAAUUCGGGGUAUUCGACGAAAACAUCGGCAACUUGACUCUUCCGGCAAGCCAACAACUGGUCUGGACCAUUGUUCAGUACGUUGCUGCUAUCGUCACUGCCUUUGUCGCUGGUCAGCUGAAUGAUGUAUGCGGCCGCCGGUUCUUUUUCUUCUUUACAGUUGGGUAA